AUUUGAUAGAAUAAAUAUGGCGGACCGGUUGACACAGCUUCAAGACGCCGUGAAUUCACUGGCCGAUCAGUUCUGUAAUGCCAUCGGCGUCCUGCAGCAGUGUGCUCCUCCUGCAUCCUUCAACAACAUCCAGACGGCGAUCAACAAGGACCAGCCAGCAAACCCCACCGAAGAGUACGCCCAGCUGUUCGCGGCUCUCAUAGCCAGAACGGCCAAAGAUGUGGAUGUGCUGAUCGACUCCCUCCCCAGUGAAGAGUCCACGGCGACUCUGCAGGCGGCCAGUCUGCGGCAGCUGGAGGAGGAGAACCACGAUGCGGCAGCUCGCCUGGAGGAGGUGGUUUACCGCGGCGACAUGCUGCUGGAGAAGAUCCAGAGCGCGCUGGCCGACAUCGCCCAGUCUCAGCUCCGCACCCGCAACGGCGCCCCCAGCCAGCCGUCGCCUGCCGAGUCCUGACCGCCGCAGCGCGCAGGACACUUCUGGACUCCUAACAUCUUUACUGUCGGCACCUCGAAGUGUCGCCGAGCUUCUUUUCUGAUCACUUUCCUGUACCGGAUUCAUCUCGGAGAAACAGAAAGGCCUUGGUUUGCUCUGAUCUGAAGACGAUGUCCUGUCCUGGACUCCUGUAAUAUUAGGAAAAAUGUCUCUUCAGUCCCAAAGCUACUCUUCUGUCCUAUUUUGUAAGUUUGAUGUACAGUGUGUGUUGUUUACUAAUGCUGUCAGUUUUUGUACAUAUUUAUGAAUUAAAAGAUCAUUGCUCAUUUCUUUCCUAAAUUGAAAAGUGACUUUCUGUACAGCUAAUGAGUCCUUUUUAUUAAAAACCUUGAACACUUUCAGGA